ACACUCUGUUGAUUGCUGCUGUAGAAUCAAAAAGAGAUGGGUAGAAAAUCGUCCUUACCGAAGGGUAAAGAUAAAGUCAUCGACGGCAACGUCUCGUCGGCCGGAAAAAGAAAGCGCGACGGUUACGAUGAGGAUAAAACCGGUGACCGGAAAAGGAAGGGUGUACUUCAGUUCGUUGACGACGCUGCUUACGAGGUCGACGACGACUUCGAUUUCACCGACGACUCCGAUUUCUUCGACGAAGAUUUUCUUGAGGAAUUUAGAAGUAAUGUUGAAAUCAAGAAUGAGCCUGUGAGAACACCCCAACCCCCGGUGAUCAAAGAGGAGGAAUUGGAUGGAGAAGAGCUGGAGAAGAUGUUAAGGGAGCGUUACAGGCCAGGUUCUAGCUUUGUUACCUAUGCAGAAGAUAGUGAUGAGAAGAAGAGACUAUUUGAGCAGGACACACUUGUGCCUUCUCUCAAGGAUCCAACUAUAUGGAAAGUUAAAUGCACGGUUGGAAGAGAAAGGCACUCAACUUUCUGUCUUAUGCAGAAGUACAUAGACUUGCUUGCUCUAGGAACAAAGCUGCAGAUAAUUUCCGCUUUUUCACUUGAUCAUGUAAAGGGAUAUAUUUAUAUUGAGGCUGACAAACAAUCUGAUGUCUACGAGGCGUGUAAAGGCCUUUGUAGUAUAUAUUCAAGUAGAGUGGCACCUGUUCCAAAGAAUGAAGUUUCUCAUUUGAUUGCUGUGCGGAGCAAGUCUUCUGGGAUUUCUGAGGGUAUGUGGGCACGUGUCAAAAGUGGAAUAUACAAGGGCGAUCUGGCGCAGGUUGUGGCAGUGAAUGAUUCACGGAAGAAAGUGACUGUGAAGCUGAUUCCAAGAAUAGACUUACAAGCCAUUGCCGACAAAUUUGGUGGAGGAGUUGCUGCAAAGAAGGGAGUUAUCGCAGCACCAAGACUAAUUAGCUCUACAGAGCUUGAAGACUUUCGGCCCCUCAUACAAUACCGGAAGGAUCGGGAUACAAACCUAAUGUUUGAAAUUCUCGACGGAAAGAUGCUGAAGGAUGGUUAUUUAUACAAAAAAGUGGGCACUGAUUCAUUGAGCUAUUGGGGUGUAAUGCCUACUGAAGCUGAACUCCUGAAGUUUGAACCUUCCAAAAGUGAUGGACCCCAGGAUGUAGAGUGGCUUACCCAGUUAUACGGUGACCGGAAGAAAAAGAGAAUCAUAAAUGAUUUCAAGGUUGGUCAGAAAGGAGGUGAGAAAGGAGAGGGUUCUUCAAGCUCUAGCAUGGAAAACAAUUUUGAAGUAGAUGAUCUUGUAUUUUUUGGUAGGAAUGAUUUUGGCAUUAUUAUUGGCAAGGAGAAAGAUGAUAGCUUUAAGAUCAUGAAAGAUGGUUCAGAGAGACCUGUGGUAGUGAGCAUUCAACUGCGUGAGUUGAAGCGUGCAUCUUUUGAUAGGAAGCUAUUCACCGUGAAAGAUCAGCUAACCAAUACCAUCUCAGUUGGUGAUAUGGUUAGAGUUUUGGAUGGUCCCUUGAAGGAUAGACAAGGAAUUGUUAAGCAGAUCUAUAAAGGAGUCGUCUUUCUAUAUGACCAAAGUGAGCAGGAUAAUAGUGGUUAUCUCUGUGUCAAAGGUCAGAUGUGUGAAAAAAUUACACGCAGUGAUGGUAUAUCGAAUGAGAAGGGUAGUGAGCCUGGUCCCUCAGGUUUUGCAGAUUUCUCAUCAUCCCCUAAAUCCCCUCUUUCGCCUGAGAAAUCUUGGAGAGCGAAGGAUGAUAACUGCAGCUUCAAGCGCGAUGAUAAAGAUGGAAUGUUUUCUGUUGGUCAGUCUCUAAGAAUCCGAGUGGGGCCUUUGAAGGGAUAUCUUUGUCGUGUAGUAGCCAUUCGACGUUCUGAUGUUACAGUAAAGCUUGAUUCCCGGCAAAAAAUUCUUACAGUUAAAUCUGAACACCUGGCGGAAGUUCAUGGAAAGAGUUCUGUCGCGUCUCUUGGGGUCGAUGCUGAUUCUGCAAAACCUUUUGACCUGCUUGGAACACAGGAUGGUUCUCAAGAUUGGAUGGUUCAGGGGGCCACAGAAACUGAGGGUAACACCGAGAAUGCAGGAGCAUCAUCCUCUGCUGAAAGGAGUUCUUGGCCUGCUGUUGCUGGCUCGGGGCAAGAUGAUGGCUGGACAAAACCUGAUGGUUGGGCAAAAGGUACUUCUACUGCUGGCGCUACUAGUGCUGUGUCUGACGGCUGGGGCAAAAAGGUUGAAUCACAUCAAGAGAGCACCGAGAAGGUUAUGGAUGAUCCCUGGGGAUCUGUGCAAAAACAAGAGAAAAAUGAUGACUCGGGCAAAACCUCAUGGAGCAAGCAGGAUGCUGGAUCUUCUUGGGGUAAGCAAUCUGAUGCAGAUCCAGAGACUGACUGGAAAAAGCGAGAUGGUGGAGCGAACAAGACAGAUAGAAAAACCUCUUGGAGCCAGCAGGAUGCUGGAAGUGAUGGUGGAUCCUCUUGGGGUGCGCAAGUGGGAGUAUCUUCUUGGGGUAAGCAAGCUGAUGCAAAUGCAGAGACUGGCUGGAAAAAGCAAGAUGGUGUAUCAAAUAAGACGGAUAGCAAAACCUCGUGGAGCCAGCAGGGUGCUGGUUCUUCUUGGAAGAAAAGUGAUGGUGAAGGUGGAUCCUCUUGGACUAAACAAUCUGAUGCCUCUGCAGAGACUGACUGGAAAAAGAAAAAUGAUGGAUCUGGCUGGAAAAAGCCAGAUAGCAAUGCUUCGUGGAGCCAGCAAGAUGCUGGGUUUUCUUCGAAGAAGAGUGAAGGUGAAGGUGGAUCUUGGAGUAAGCAAUCUGAUGCAAAGGCAGAGAAUGACUGGAAAAAGCAAGAUGGUGGAUCUAGUAGCUGGGGUGGUGGUACAGAC